AUGCACCUGGAUACCGUGUUCCAGGAGAGCUGGUGUUCCAAAGAGAGAGCGACCAGCACUGAGGUCUCAAGAAUUCACCCAGCAGACAGACCGUACGAAUGCCAGGACUGUAGGAAAACCUAUAAAGUCUCCUAUCAGCUCAAAAUCCAUAGACGAAUUCACACAGGGGAGAGGCCUUAUGAAUGUCAGGACUGUGGGAAAUCCUAUAAAGUCUCCUAUCAGCUCAAAAUCCAUAGGCGAAUUCACACAGGAGAGAGGCCUUAUGAAUGCAAGGAAUGUGGGAAAACUUUUAUCCACUUAAGUCAAUUCUAUACACAUAGACGAAUUCACACAGGAGAAAGACCCUAUGUAUGUAAGGAAUGUGGGAAAGCCUUUGCAGAAUCAGGGAACCUCAAUAAACAUAGGCGGGUUCACACAGCAGAGACACCGUAUGCGUGUAAGGACUGUGGGACAUUCUUUACACACUUGAGUCAGUUCUAUACACAUAGGCAGAUUCACACGGGAGAGAAACUGUAUCAGUGUACGGAGUGUAGGAAAACCUUCAGACAGUCAAGACUCCUUCAUCGACAUAGACUUAUUCACACAAGAGAGGGACGUUAUGAAUGUAAGGAAUGCGGGAAGACUUUUGUAGACGCACCUGGACUCAGUAAACAUAGACGAAGUCACACAGGGCAGAGACCUUACGAGUGUCAGGACUGUGGAAAAGCAUUCUUAUACAAAAGCGACCUCAAAACACACAGACGAAUUCACACAGGAGAGAAACCUUAUGAGUGCAAGGAAUGUGGAAGAGGCUUUUCAUACAGAUGUGUCUUCAACACACAUAGACGCAUUCACACCGGAGAGAGACCUUAUGUGUUGACACAGCAGACACCUCUUAUGACCAUCAGCAAUGGUAAACUGGCGCAGGCUGCUCCAGUCAGGAGGGGCUUGUAA